UAUCAGGUUAAGGAUCUGGCUCGGGUGUCACUUAAAGAACAUGAACAUGUUUAUAUCGAUGUGGAUGAAGGACGAAAAGAGGUUACAAAUGAAGGCUUGGAGCAAGGUUAUUGCGUUGUGCCAAGUGCUAAGCGAUUAAUUUUUUUACUGACCUUCUUGAAGAGGUUCCUUGGGAAAAAGAAAAUCAUGGUGUUUUUCUCUACAUGCAAAUCGACAAAGUUCCAUGCGGAACUCUUUCGAUAUAUCAAAUUAGAUUGCCUUGAAAUCCGUAGAGGGAUGGACCAGACCAAACGAAGCUCAAUAUUUUUCCAAUUUAAUAAAGCGGAAACGGGUAUUCUGUUGUGUACUGAUGUUGCUUCCCGUGGUCUUGAUAUUCCCCAUGUGGACUGGAUUGUGCAGUAUGAUCCCCCUGAAGACGCUAAGACGUAUAUUCAUAGAGUUGGUAGAACCGCUCGUGGUGAAGGAGCAAAAGGAAAGGCUCUGCUUGUCUUAACUCCAAAUGAGUUGCAAUUUAUUUGGCAUCUCAAGGCGGAAAAAAUUCCCGUUGAGCAACAUGAAUUUGAAGAAGGGAAAUUGCUCAAUGUGAAAUCUUUUCUGGAGGACUUGAUAGCUAAAAACUAUGCAUUGAAGGAGUCAGCAAAAGAAGCAUACAAGACUUACAUUGCAGGAUAUGAUUCUCACAAGAUGAAAGAUGCCUUUGAUGUUCACCGACUCGAUCUCAAAGAGGUUGCGGCUUCGUUCGGUUUCGCCGAUCCUCCCAACGUUGCUCUGAAGAUAGAUCGAGGAGGGUACAAGAGUAAGAGAGAACCGGUUAAUAAGUUUAACAGAGGUCGCGGCGGUAGAGCCGGCGGUAAAAAAUAUGAGAGGUAUUAAAAAUACAGACUAAAAUUAUAGUUGCAGAAGAACCAAGACAACGUCGUAGUUAGUAUAACUGGCACAAGCUUUUUACGAUUGUUGUAUCUUUUUCUUGGUUCUAUUACGAUUGUUUUAUCUGGAACCAGACAAAGGAAGACCAGUGUUGUGACUGUUGUGCCGUUACUUAGAAAUUUUGAUCAUUUUUUUUUGCAAUCAAACUCUAUAAAAAUGGCAGUUCCUA